CUUCAAACCAUGUUUACUCACUCCCUGAUCAUGCUAAAGUGAUGAUGUGCCCACUGACAAAAUCGUACACCUCGGACCUCGGAUGCUCACAUUUCGACCUGUCAGCGGAGAUAUUUCUUCUCGUCGAACGGGAGGCUGAGGGAACGUCGAACAUUGUAGCCACCUCCGACUCUCCGCAUUUGCCUUGAUCCGGCACGAUACACUUGGCUUCGCGCGAAAGUCCUCUCGUUCCGACGCAUUUCUCACUUCUCACCGUCUACCCAUGACAGCCCUGUGCUGCGUACAGACUUGGCCCUUGGCUAUGAUCCAUGCCUGUCAUGACAGCCUCGGUCCUAACUACCAACGUGGCUAUCCUCCUGACGAUCCACGCGCGCAAGAGAACCCACGACGGCUACUUCCCCGACGUUAUAUACGGCGACGGUCAUGGGUCGACUCUUCCUUCAUAUACAGCCUGCGCUUCUGUAACCCUCCCAGCCUCACCUUGACACCGACCAGCCAUGUCCACUGCACCAGAUUCCCUCAUCGACAAGCUCGAGCACGGCCUCCUCGAGCUCGACUCGCCGGUGCAGGCGGCGCUCCUUGCAGGUGUAGCCUCAAUAGCAGGCUACAAGCUCUACGAGGCCCUAGCAGGACCGGAUUACAGCGGCAUCCCCGUCGUCGGGGCGUCCGGAGCGCUGUCGUCGUACGCCGACGCACGCGCAUUCCAGCAGCAUGCGAAGGAGAUCAUACAGGAGGGUGUAGAGAAGUAUCCGGGGUCUGUCUUCCGCGUUCCCACCAUGGACGGCUGGAUGGUCGUCGUCAGCGGGCAUCAGCUCGUCGACGAGCUCCGCGCAGCGCGAGAAGACGAACUGUCGUUCCGGGAGGCUGUUGAGGAGGUCAUCCACAUGAAGUAUACCAUGGGAACGACGAUGGAGCACCACAGCGAGCACCUCAAGAUCGUUCAGUCGGACGUUACUCGGAAUAUCGCCCACUGCUUCGCGGAUAUCUACGACGAAGUGCAGGCCGUCUUCAAUGACGUUAUCACCUUCAAGGAGGGCGAAGAGUGGUGCACCGUACCCGGCUUCAUGACCACCAUGUCCAUGGUGUCGCGCGUUAGCAACCGAUACUUUGUUGGACUGCCUCUCUGCCGCGACAAGGACUUCAUAGCAUCCAACAUGCGCUUUGCCAUCGACGUCUUUCAAGCUGCCAUGAAGAUCAGGAAGUACCCUGCUUGGAUGCGCCCCCUAAUCGGCAGCUAUCUGGCCCCAUAUAAGAACCAACGCAAAUACCUCUCGGGGCACAUCGGCGCUGUCGUUGCGCAGCGCAUUGCAGACGACGCAAAGUAUGGGAGGGAUAGGGCGGACAGGCCGGUGGACUUGAUCUCGUGGAUCCUCAACCACACCCCGGCUGAGCUGCGCACUGUGGAAGACGUCGUCCUGCGCGUCAUGUCUUUCAAUUUUGCCGCUAUUCAUACGUCGACCAAUACCUUCGCCAACGUCCUCUUCCACCUCGCCGCCGAACCGCACAAGUACCUCCAACCCCUGCGCGAAGAGGUCGAGGAGGUCAUCGCGAAGCACGGCUGGACGAAGACGGCGAUGCGCGAGAUGUACAAGCUGGAUAGUUUCCUGAGGGAGUCGGGGAGAUAUAAUGGGUUGGGUUGUUUCUCCAUGACGCGGAAGGUCGUCAAGAAGGGUGGUUACACGUUCUCAGAUGGAACGAAGGUCCCGGAGGGCGCCAUGGUCGGCGUGGCGAGUCAUGCGACGCACUGGACGGAAGAGAAUUACAAGGACGCGCACGUCUUCGACGGCUUCCGCUUCUCGCGCAUGCGGGAGGCGGACAAGACCAAGUACCAGAUGGUCAACACGGAUUGCGAGUUCCUGCUCUUUGGCCAUGGGUAUCAUGCUUGUCCUGGUCGCUUCUUCGCCGCCAACGAGCUCAAGGCCAUGCUCGCGCACCUCGUCCUCCACUACGACGUCCAGCUCGAGGGCGGCUCGCGUGUCAAGCCCGAAAACGAGUGGAACACGACAUCCGCGUCGCCAAGCCGGACGGCGAAGGUGAUGUUUAGGAAGCGGCAGCAGUGAGGGGCUCGAGCUAAAGGCUUUGGAGGGCGGUCUGGGUACUGGUAAGCCGUCCAUAGAACACGUACUUGCGAAUCGAUUUACUUGGCGUUCCCUCGACUUAUGACACAGAAAAUGAACGGGCUAAAGUCUAUGGCAGGCAGAACAUGGCCAUUACAGAAGAACAAAGAUAUAAGGGUGGUGGUACAGUAAAUCCUCAAGAAUGUCCCCAGAGUACGCGACGAGACAGAAACCAACGAUGGG